CCAGAUGCUAUACAGUGGGGAAAACCAGCCUGGCAACAUAAGCUCACAAGCUAUCAGAAAGUUGUAUGGCAACCACCUCCGGCGCCAAAUAGAACUGGCAGACAUAGACAUUCAGUACAAGAAGAAAAAGAUGGAAAAUCUUGCACUGGAGUCCGAAAUAAAAAAAGAGGACAAUUAGGAAACUGGACCUUGAAAUAAAAAAACUUGAGAGGGAGCUCCAAGAAGAUGACACAGCUCAAAAUAAAAAUUAGCAAUCAGUACAACCAAGUCAUCGUUAUAAGGCACCGGCCUCUUUUGCCCACCCCCCCAGCACCAGGUGUGGCCACUAGCCUAUAUGAAGGCCCAAAAUUGUUUGUUCCUUUCUGCUCUGACAAUGGCAUGCCCAUUCUUGCGAGAUGUGGUGGAUGAAGAAGCACUUGUGCUGAGGAGAGCCUUCAGGCAAGAAAGGGUCUUCAGGGACCGGUUGGACCCACUGGCCUUCCCUGAUGACCAUCUAUAUGAAAGAUACAGGUUUUCUGCAGAUGGCAUCAGGUAUCUAUGCAGACUACUGGGUCCCAGGAUUAAGCACCGCACUGCGCGGAGCCAUGCACUGAGUGUGGAGCAAAUGGUUUGUGUGGCCUUGCGCUUUUUUGCUAGUGGAGCCUUCCUGUACUCAGUGGGGGAUGCAGAACAGCUGAACAAGGCCACAAUUUGCCGCACAAUAAGGAGUGUGUGUCUGGCUAUCAAAGCAUUAGCAGAUGUCUUCAUCUCCUUCCCUGGCCACAGAAGACUCUGUGACAUCAAAGAGGAGUUCUAUAGGAUUGCAGGUUUCCCCAAUGUCAUUGGUGCAGUGGACUGCACACACAUAAGGAUAAAAGCCCCCUCAGGUGCCCAUGAGGCCGGUUUUGUGAAUAGGAAAUCCUUCCACAGCAUUAAUGUUCAGAUGGUCUGCAAUGCUGACUGUGUGAUCAGCAAUGUCGUGGCAAAAUGGCCUGGCUCAGUCCAUGACUCCAGAAUCUUUCGGGCCUCUGAAAUCUAUCAGUGCCUAUCACAAGGUGAAUUCUCUGGUGUGUUGCUGGGAGACAGGGGGUAUGGCUGCCAGCCUUUUCUCCUGACACCUUUCAGAGACCCCCAGGAAGCACAGCAGGCCUACAACCAUGCCCAUGCCAGGACCAGGGCCAGAGUUGAAAUGACCUUUGGCCUCCUGAAGGCACGCUUUCACUGCCUUCACAAAUUAAGGGUCAGCCCUGUUAGGGCAUGUGAUAUUACUGUGGCUUGUGCUGUCCUCCACAAUGUGGCCUGCCUGAGGAAGGAGAGGGCCCCCAGAGUGCCACCAGCCAUGGACUGGGACAAUCCUGCAAUCUUCCCUGAUGACGACAGUGGUCGGCUGCUGAGGGACCAAUAUGUGUUGAAUUAUUUUAGUUAGUAUGUGUGCUUUCAAUUUUGGUUAAAUAUGUCCUGCGGUGGCAGAGGAAUUUGGGUUUUUUUGGGUUCGUUUUUUUACGAAUUUGGCCUCUUAUGAUGUUUGUGCGGUAUACUGUGUGUAAUACAAGGCUGCAGGGAGGCUACUGCAUCCAUUCAUUUGUCUGUUCAGUUGAUGUGUAUGGAUUUGUCCUGCAUUUAUUUUAGUGUGCAGACAUGCAGGGUG